AUGUGCGAGCCAUGCCACCCGUCGCUGCCGCAGGUCGGCAACCUCUUCUCACCAAGCGCGUCGCCCACAUUCCACGGCGUCCACAACAACGAUCCUGUUUGCACCACACCCUACAGGAAGACGGCUCACGGCUGCUCCUUCCACUUCUCUUCGGUCACCGGGUACCUCUCGCGCGACACCUUCCACCUCCGCACCGGCCGAUCGGGCGCGAUCAGGGAGUCUAUUCCUCGUGUUGUGUUUGGUUGCGCACACUCGUCCACUGGGUUCCACAAUGACAACACCCUUGAUGGGGUGCUCUCCUUGAGCCACCUGCCACUCUCGCUCCUGACACAACUUGGUGGGCAUGCCAGUGGGAGGUUCUCCUACUGCCUCCCCCUGCCCACCGUGCACAAUCCCCAUGGCUCCCUCUUUCUCGGCGCCAACGUCCCAAGCCCUCCGCCGCAUGCCCACACGACCAACCUCGUCAUACGUCCCGGCGUCUCGGGCUACCACCUCAACCUCGUCGGCAUCACCCUAGGGUACAAGCGUCUCAAGAUCGACAAGCGCGUCUUCGACGGCCACAGUUGCAGCAUCAACCCAGCGGAGACCAUCACACAUUUCGCGGAGCCGAUAUACCUUGUCGUGGAAAAAGCAUUGGUGGCGCGCAUGAAGGAGCUAGGGUCGGACCCGGUGAAGGGGCCACCGGGCGGCCCGCUUUGGUUUGACCGGAUGUACAAAUCGGUGAAGGAGCAGCUCCCCAACAUGGCGUUUCACUUUGAGGGCGGCGCCGAGCUGUGGUUCACAUCGGAUCGGCUGUUUGAGGUGCACGGCAUGAACGCAAGGUUCAUGGUCGCCGGCCGUGGGUACCGCCGGACGGUGAUUGGCGCCGCACAGCAGGUGAAUACGCGGUUCACGUUCGACGUCCCCCGGGGGAAGCUGUCCUUCGUGUCGGAGGUGUGCGACUGA